AUGUCUCAAAAUUCAGGACCAUUUCUCGUCUCUUCACAUGGUCAUCCUGGAUUUAAUCCUCGGCCACCAUUAUCAGGAGCAGCAACAGCCUCCGCAUCAUCUAAGCGAAUGAGCAACGGUAUAAUGCCUGGUACUAGCCCAGGAAAUACAUCUAUGGGUACGAACAUGGGUCUCUCGUCAUCACCUUCAUCGAUGCGCUCAGCUGGCUCGAUGGGUGCAAUGAAACCAGGCGGUGUUGGCAUGGUUCCAAUGGAUAAAUCUAAUUCGAUGCCAUAUCCCAAUCGUUAUAGUCGCAAACCAUGGCCUAUGGCACGUAGUGUGCAUGACAAAGGUAUUCGUGGACAUGAUGAUCAUGAAACGCCAUAUCUUCGUUCAGGUAUGCCAGGACACAGUGGUCCGAUGGAUGGUAUGAAUAGUUCAUCCUUCACGAUUGAACCAUCAACAGAUGACGAUGAAGGUGAUGAUAUAUAUUUUUCGUCGCGUCAUAUAGCCGCUGCACGUUUUCAACGUAAUCAACGUUUAUUAUAUGAGAUUUUUAAUGAAGUUUGUAUACCUGAUUUACGAUCAAAUAUUAGUGUUGAUCGUAUAUUAACGUUGCGUCGUCAAGUCGAUGCACUCAAAACACAUCGUGAAACAUUCGAAAAGGAUUUGAAGGAAUUAGAAGAAAAACAUCUGGACAAGAAGCGAAAAUUUUUAGACGCUAAUGAGAAAUUUCAUAAUGAAUAUGCUGAAGCAUCAUCGACCAACUUGAGUCGUGAGAAAAUCAACGAAAUCUUACAAAAAUACGAAGCAAUGGAAAAACUGCAAAAAGAAAAACAAUUACUCUUACAACAACAGCAAGCUGCUGCAACUCCACCACCACCUCUCCCUUCGCAACCUGCAUCAACAACUGCGGUCGUUCAACCUCCAACCACCCCUGUACCAGCACCAACUAAAGUUGAACCAGUAUCGACUGCUGAGGUUCCUCAACAACAACAACAACCGACACCACCUCCAGUACAACCAGUACCAACUCAACCACCAAUUCCAAGUCAAAUGCCAGCAUCGCAACCUGUACAACCUCAAUUACCACCUCAGCCUAUGCCUACUCCGAUGCAAUCUGUGCCUCCCCCAAUGCCUGUUCAACAACAACAGCAACAACAUAUACCAACCGCAAUGCCUCCCACGUCCCACGUGCCGCCGCCAUUACCCCAAAGUCAACAUGUUCCACCUCCAAUGCCAUCGUCUCAACCACCUGUACAAACUCAACUACCACCAUCACAACCGGCACCUGUUAUGCAGCAAGUACCACCACCGCCACCGCAGCAGCAGCAGCAACAACAGCAGCAGCCACAGCCACCGCCGCCACAACAACAACAACAAAUGUUGCCUCCUCAACAGCAACAGCAGCAACAACAACAACAGCCGCCACCACAGGUUCCUCCGCACCAAGGUUAUCCUAUGAUGCAUCAAGGUGGUGGUUAUCCUCCAGCACCAGGCUAUGGUCAUCCACAACAAGCUCAACAAUAUCGUCCGCCUCCACCAAUGAAUCAACGUCCUGGACAAUAUCCACCAAAUGUUCAAUGGCAACAACAACAACAACCUUUACCGCCGCAACAACAGCAAUGGCAGCCUACUGCUUAUGAUCCUCGGUAUUAUAAUCCAUAUCCACCUAAUGCACAAUGGCCUCAACAACCGCAACAACAACAAUGGCCACCGAAUCAAAUGCCACCUCAACAACAACAACAACAAAUGGGUAUGGUUCCACCACAGCAACAGCAGCCCAUGGGUGUUGUUCCUCAACAACAAGGACCACCGCCUCAAAUGCGUGGCCCUCCUCAACAACAACAGCAGCAGCAGCAGCAAGGACCACCACCACAGAUGUACGUUAACGGCGUUAAUUACGGCUAUGGUGGAGCUCCUCCUGGUAGUUGGAAUGGUGGUGCACCUCCACACCCAUCUCAGCAAUAUGGCUAUCCACAGAACCCUCCAUACGAUCCGUCAGGUGUGCCUGGGCCACCACAACAGCAGUACUAUGCUCCACCUCCACAAGGUUACGAUUAUGGUCCACCACCUCCUCAGCAACAAGUUCCUCUUCAACCUCCUCCUCAACAGCAGCAGCAACAACAACAACAACCACCACCACCUUCUCAGAUGAAUUGA